AUGUCCGACCCACUCCUCUUCGAAGACUCCUUCACAGUCACCGGCGUCAACGCUCAGAAAUACGAUCGCGUCUCCCGUCUGACCUGUACCUCAAGCGACGCUUCCAUUACAUUCACCCUCGAUGUGAACUCCGAGCUCUACCCCUGCGCCGUUGGCGAGUCGCUCUCUAUGGCGCUGGCCUCGACUCUAUCCCUCGACGGCAAGGAGGAUACCCGAGCCAGCUGGAGAGAGGUCAGCAUGGGUGAGCAGACUCUGGCUAAUGACUAUGAUUACGUCUGCCACGGCAAGGUGUACCGAUUUGAGGAGGGUUCGACCAAGGAUACUAUGGCCGUCUUUGUUUCAUUCGGUGGUUUGCUGCUCUACCUGGAGGGUCCCUACAAGAAGCUUGCCCCUCUGAAGAUCGACCACGUGUACCUGCUUCUCAAGAAAUAG